AUGAAAGCCACCUGCAGCAACAAAGAAAGGUCAAGCAGGCAGGCAGCAGGCUCGGGAACGACCCAACGGCUCUUGACCGAGAUGUUAAAGCCAGCCCAAAGCACUAGAGUUUCGCCAGAAAAGAAAGUACGAAAGAAGAGGGCAUCUGCUUUUGAGAAGAAAAGCACUUCUCUGCUGGGAAGGGAAGGUAAGGCUGACAGCUCCACAGGUGAGGAAAUGUCAUCCAAUCCUAUGUCUAAUGAUGGUGAAGACGCGGUUGAGGUGGCCCCUCCGAAAGGAAGGCCUCAGAGGGUGAACCGAAAGCAGACAAGGGAUGUGGUGAGUGACUCCGAAAGCGAGAAGCCGACGGAUGAUUCUGACUUUGAUGAAGAUGACGAUUAG